AUUCACGGACAACAGAACAGCAAGGAUCGAUUUAUCCUCUCUCUCUCUCUCUCUCUCUCUCUCUCUCUCUCUCUCUCUCUCUCUCUCUCUAUCUCUCUCUCUCUGUCUCUAUCUCUCUAUCUCUCUAUCUCUCUCUCUUUCUGUCUCUCUCUCUCUAAGCUCCUCUCAUCUCACUCUCUGCCCCUCUCCCCCCACACACACACACACACACACACACACACACACACACACAUCCACGCGCGGCAACAGUCAGCCUGUAUGCGUCCGUCCUCGCGGCAGCGGGUGGCCGCCUGGCUGCUCACGCUGCCAUUGGGAAGCGGAGGAGAGGAAUGCGCGCGCCGCGGCCGGCUGGAGAUGAUCUCGUUCUGGCUGCUGUGCUGGAAGCUGCUGAGAGCCACGGCCGGUUUGAGGAGAACACCUGAGCUCACUGACGGCAGCCCAGACAGCGGUAGCUCUGGUAGCAACAGCAACCCCGGCGACCACUCUCUCAUCGGAGAACAGCCAACUGAUUCAGUUACCAUGGAGAUUAGCUCAUCACCCCCACUCACAGACCUGGAAAGCUUUCACAGCCAGGAAGUAGAGGAACUUCAUUUCCCAGAGGGCCACGGGGGGCAGCAACCAAUCAGGGACGAGCAGCUGGGAGAACAGGCUGCAGAGGGAGGAGAAAGAAAAGAAGGAGACGAGUGUGACUACCUGGUGUUUGACUUAGGAGAGCAGAGAGGAGAGGAGGACAGACAGGGAGAAAGAGAGGGAGAGAAGAAAGACAGAGGAGAAGAGGGAAGAGGAGAGGCGGAGGGGGAAGAUGAGAGUAAAGGAGAAGACUUAGGGGGAGAAGAUGACGGAGGAGAAAAAGUAGAAGGAAGUGGAGAACCAGAGGAGAAAGGAGGAGAAGGAGAGACAAAAGAAGUGAAUGGGCUGAUGGGAGGGACAGACAGAGAGAUAAAGGAGGAUGAGCUCCUCUUCCUCUCUGACGCUCCACCUUGUCCUUCGCUGUCAGAGCAGCAGGAGGCCUGGGGUCACGACAACUUCAGUGACUGUCUGCAGGCCGAGCUUGCCAUCGUGUACUCAGACAGCGACACAGGGGACGACCAAUGGGCUGGUCCCACGUCCUGUGAUGUCACCAACCAGGAAGAAGCAGGAGAUAGAGAGAACAGGGAGCAGGAGAAAGGGGGCGAGGAAGAGGCGAGGAGAAGGGAUGUAGAAACUGGGGCUAAAGAGCAGGAGAAGGAGCGGGAGGAAAGGAAGGGAGUCAGGGAUGAUGAGGAGGAGUCGAUGAAGACAAGGAGAGAUCUGUUCCUGCGUUCUCCUUCCUGCAGCUCAACAGCGAGCUCCUCAGACCCCGACAGGAGGCUUCCUGUAGAUUUCUGCAUCCUUCAGGAGACACUCAGUGAAAAUGUCUCCACCGAGCACGUGGACUUCCUGUUGGCUCGCCGACAGUGGAGGAAGAUGGAGGAGGAGGUCAAAGGUCAGCCCAUUCCCAAACCAGGGCUCAGAGCUCCAGGGAGCUUCCAGGGGACCCACUCAUCUCUGUACCCCCCCACCCGGAGCCCCAGACUCAAACAAAGGGAGAUCCAUCCACCUGUGCCUAGAGAGCCCCCUCUGUCCACCACCCUGUCCCCCAGCUCCGAGGACUCGGGUCUGGACGACUCAUCUUACCGCAGUCCCCUGGAGGAGCCAGAGACCGCUGUGGAGAGAGAGAUACGACUGACUCUGGAGAGAGAGGAGAGACAUCGAAGGGAGAGAGGGUUACUCCCUCCGGUCCUGAACAUACCCCGGCCAUCCACCCUGCAAACAGGACGGUCUCCACCCAGACCUCCAGCCUGCCGUACGCCCACCUUGUCUAUCUCCCCCUCCCCCUCCUGCUCCUCUUCCCUCCCACGGUCCGCCUACCACGAGAUGACAGCCAAUAACGUCAUCAUCCUUGAGCCUGACUGCUCUAGCCCCGCCUCUAGGACACGCCUCAUCACCUCUGCGAUUGGGGGCCUCUCUGAUUGGCCACUGAGUCAGGAUGCAGUGUCCUCUGCCAACGUCAUUGUGGUGGAAACAUCCAAUCUGAUCAUCCGCAGCGCCUCUGAGUUCUGCCUAAGCUCCGCCCCCGUAUCCAUGGAAACACAGGAAAGCACGUUCACAUCCAACCCGUUCUUUAAGCUGAGAUCCCUGAGCAGCCAGUCACUGGUGGAGCAGGAGAUCCGCAUGGUGAGGCAGAGAGAGGAGGAGUGGAGGAGGCAGAGGGAGGAGAUGUGGAGGAGGAGGAGGGAAGAAGAGUGGAGGAAGGGGAGGGAGAGGUAUGAUACCGUGCUGGUGUCUCCGGGCCUGAAUGACAGCAUCAGCUACAACGUGCCAGAGGUUCCAGACAGGAGUGUCUCCUCCCCUUCCUCCCCCUCCAGGACCCGCAAGAUGGAGCGAUCCAGUCUGUCCUGUGACCAAAAGUACCCUCCCUCCCUCUCCUCAGUGCCACGACGCCAGAACACCAUGGCCAAACGAUGGGAAGCCUCCCUGUUAGCCAACCAGAAGAAGGAGUGAGCAUAGACCGUGAGCCAUGUACAAACCAAAGCGCCACUGUCUCCAGCAGUGCAGUGGGUUCAAGAUGACGGCUCACACGUCUGUGUUUUUGGAAAGAGAGGAGGACUGUUUCUGUGGGCACGCUCAGUAUCAGAGCUCAGGAGAUUCCACCUGGUCUUCAUCGUGAUCUAAACAUCCUGCUCUCUGAGUGAUGUCUGAAACUGCACAUCAACAUGUCGGAUGUUCCUCUUCGAUUGAACCAUUUGAACUCUCUAACCCACGAGGUGUAGUUAGAUUCAAAAUAUAUAUUUGCACUCAUGAUAAUACAGCUGUUUCUGACAUGUGGCCUAUAUUUUAUAUUUGAUGUAUAAAUGUGGAAGCACAUGUUGAAAACAGCGUUACUCUACUUUAAUAUUAACAUCCACAGCACCUUUACUUCUUUUUGUUAUUUAUUGAUAUUUAUUCUAUUUAUUAAUAUUUAUGCAUUUUUUAAUGAACAUGACUUUUUGCAUUGCAGUGAUUUUCAAACUUGAUUUAGUCCGUCGUGAUUUAAGACAUUCAAAUGUUUAAAGGGAGUGACAGCACUUUCAAUACAGUAGCUAUGCACACCAGGAAUAUGAGAGGGUUAACGUAUGAUGUCAUGUCAUUCAUGAGCACAUGAAGUUUAAGUUAUUUAAACAUGGCAGAGUAUGAAAAUCACUGCUCCAGUGAAAUGUUUAAUUGAGCCAAUAAAGAAGAGUUUGGAUUUUCCAGGUUUGAGUGUCAGCCAUGUUGGCUAACCAAUGUUAGCAGCUAACUUGCUGAACAGACUAGCCUUGUACUCUUUGAGGAGGAGGUGUGUUAUAAAGGCUCAGAUCAGACUA